ACACACACGUCAGUCAUUGUGGAACCAGUGAACAGUUUGUGUUUGCUGUUGCAUAAUUUCGAGUUCUAUCAUCGGCGAAUCGAUACAUCUACCACAGUUUGAAUUUGAUCAAAAUAUUUCAUAAACAAAAAUGUCGAAAAUUGUACGAAAAUUAAUCAGCACAAGCAAUGCACCCAGACCAGUUGCACCGUACAAUCAGGCCGUUAUUGCUGAUCGCACCGUUUAUGUAUCGGGAUGUUUGGGCCUUGACAAGGAUACUAUGACAUUGAUGCCGGGUGGAGCCGUACCUGAAAUGGCAAAGGCUUUGGAAAAUUUACAAGCUGUUUUGGCGGCUGCAGGAUCUGGCGUCGAUAAGGUCGUGAAAGCUACCAUUUUUGUUGAGGAUAUGGGAGACUUUGCAAACAUUAAUGAAGAGUACAAGAAAGUUUUCACAAAAGACUUUCCUGCUAGAUCUUGUGUACAAGUCGCUAAGCUACCAAUGAACGCUAAGGUCGAAAUUGAAGUGGUUGCAUUAACUGGUGAGGUGGAAACUGUUUCCGUUUAAACUUGAGAGAUUGAUGUUUUGUUUCACAAGAAAGUUAAUAAAGAUACGCAAUCGAUACAACAAAAAUGCUGUGUCUAAAG